CAAGCUUUGUUUCAACUCUCUAGUUUUUCUGGGUCAUAUUUAUUUGGCUUUUGUUUUAAUAUCAAAAGGUUUUCUUUUAUUUAUGGCAAAAAGUAUAAAUAAGUCCCUAAAUUAUAAUUCAAAAUACAAUUAAAUUCAUGAAAUCUAAAGUGUCUUAUAUUGUUCAAGGAAUAAAUUAGAAAAUACGAAAACAACUUAUACUGGUCAAUUUCAAAUCCAUCUUCGAUCUCUAUCUCUCUCUCUGCCCCACCGUCGACCGUGUCCCAUCUCCAGCUGCGCAACUCCUAUUGGUAAUCGAAUCAGUGACCACUGGAGAAGAAAGGAGGGUUGCGACUCGGUGGAGAAGACAAACCAGAGGUCACGACUUGCUGGAGAUGAUAAGGCAGAGGUUAUGACUCGCUGGGGAGGAAGCAACUGAGUUCACGACUCGCUGAGGGGGAAAAACAAACGGUUUCAACUCGCUAGUGAUUGGUAAAACCUGAGGAAGUAACAAUAGCCACACUGCAGAUUACGCGAAAUGACAUGCCCAAUACGUUGAAUUCCUGGAAAUUCUAUAGAUUGGAAUCAGUUUAUCUGCAUUUGAUUUCAGUUUAGCAGAUAUCUAUAGCUGAGUUGAGGAUUUCAGCUUUAGACAUUACGCAGCUGUUAUGUUAAUUAUUGGUUGGUGCUGAAACAAUGGCAAGAAUUCGGGAUAGAACUGAGGAUUUUAAAGAUGCAGUGAGGCACACUGCUGUUUCUUUGGGGUACAAUGAGUCCAAAUUGGUGGCCAUAAUGGCAUCUUUCAUCAUUCAUAAACCUCGACAACGUUCACCUUUUACCAAGGCUGCACUAACUACGCUUGGAAGCAUAGAAACUUUGGAACAAUUUAUACUGAAGCAUCGGAAGGAUUAUGUAGAUCUCCACCGAACUACUGAACAGGAGAGGGAUAGUAUUGAACAAGAAGUUAUGGCAUUUAUCAAAGCAUGUAAAGAACAAAUUGAUUUUCUCAAAGAUAGCAUAAAUGAUGAAGAAGCAAACACAAAGGGAUGGCUAGGCAUUAGGACUGAUAGCUCCAAUGCUGAUACUGUUGCUCACAAACAUGGAGUGGUUUUGAUUCUAAGCGAGAAGCUCCAUUUUGUAACAGCACAGUUUGAUCAACUAAGAGCUAGACGCUUCCAAGAUGCUAUUAAUAAAAGAAUACCAAGAAGAAAACCUAAUAGGGUUGUGAAUCCAAGUCCCAUAGAUUCAUCUAAAAUGAAUAAUUCAGAUCGGCGGGAGCCUGAUGAAAUUCAAUCAGAGCCCCUUAGCAUUCAGCAGCAGUUAUUGGAUGAUGAAACUCGUGCACUUCAGGCAGAGUUGACUAGUCUUCUAGAUGCAGCUCAACAAACUGAAACUAAAAUUGUUGAAAUGUCUGCAUUGAAUCACCUGAUGUCCACGCAUGUUCUGCAACAAGCGCAACAGAUAGAGGUUCUGUACGAACAGGCAAUUGAAGCUACAAAGAAUGUUCAGCUUGGUAACAAGGAGUUAUCCCAAGCUAUACAGCGAAAUAGCAGUAGCAGGACUUUUCUGUUGCUUUUUCUGUUUGUACUUACUUUUUCAGUCCUCUUUCUUGAUUGGUAUAGCUGAAUGGAUUGUGGUGCUAUCGUUCUUUUAUUAGUACCUUGCCUUGAGGCUAUGAAGAUAGAUGUAAUGGAAAAUGGGAUAUAAAUUGCAUUGAAGCUUGACUAAAGUUAACACAAUGAUAGUAUAAAACAGCCCAAUUCCUCGGA